AUGAGAACGAUUGCCGCAAUUAUUGUAAUUAUACUUAUAUCAUUAUAUCAAUGUGCUGCUAAUGAGAAAUUUAAUCCAAAGAUUGAUGCAAUUGAUUCAUUAAAAUCAUCACUACGAAAUAAUGAUCAGAAAUUACAGAAGGAUUCCGGAUAUGAUAGUGGAUGUCCUGCAUGUGAUAGUAGUGUUUACUCGUAUUGUGAUCAAAAGAUAUUCCAUGAUGCAUGCUGUUGUGGACUAAAUCAGCCACAAUGUAGAUAUUCUGACUGUUCGUACCUUUAUGCAAAUACAUGUAAAGAACAUCAAUUGAUAACAAAUUGUUGCUGCUACAAUCCGUACAGAAAUUUAAAUUAA